AUGGUGACUUUGACCGAGACGACUACGACCAACUCCUGCACAACGCUCAGCUGUGUCCCCGAUGAUUUCCGUGUGACCCCGAGAGAAUUAGCACUUCGAGAUGUGGAAGCCAGUUCCACUGUGACUGAGUCCGUCCGAACAUCUACAACUCCUACGUUCACUCAACUCGUGCCUACAUCGAGUCAGGCAUCCUCAAACACAGUCAUUGUGACUUCGUUCACUACUCAAACAUCCUUGACUACCACCGCAAAGAAGACUUCCUUCAUCACAAUCACUCGCACAUCAUCUGUUCGCGAAAUGGCAAAGCUUGAUACAUCCACUCUUACCAAGAUUGUGACAAAGCUUGCCACGAAAACAUCCAUCGAGACCUUAACGGUCCCAACGGUAACAAAGACAAGCUUCAACACUAUCACUAUCAAGGCCACAAGUCAGCCACCACCUUCUACGACCACAAUCACAAAGACCUACACUACAAGAUCUUCUCUUGCGCUGCCACCCCGAACGUCUGUCAGUACCAGGGCGACUGUCAUUCGCAACACUCCAUCUGUAACAAUCACGGUUCACCCCACGUCUACAUCAACCGCCGUUACCCGCACUACAGUCACAGCCACCAAUACAGAAACGAGGUUUCAAAAGGGCGCCACACUAUGCUCUACUUGA